GAGCGCUCUCUCAUUUUCUUUUUAAGAAAAUAAUAAUUUCCAAAAAAAAAAAAAUGAAAAAAUAAAGAAUCUAUAAAUAAUAUUCUUUUGUAAGAAAUAGAACUGCUCCGCCUACCUACCGAGAGGUUGAUUACCUUUCUUUCCUUCUCUACAAAACAAAUUUGUUAUUUUCCUCCCUCUUUCUUUUUCUUUUUAUUUUUCUAUAUUGUCUCUAACCAGUAAAUAAAAUAAUACUUAUAUAAUGACAUGUUUUCCUCUGAUCUUAUCUUCUCUCAUGAAAAGAAGACGCAAGUCUCUCCAAAUUAAAUAUUGAUUUUUGUGGUAACGAUUGCAGAAUCUUUUUAUGAUAAUACCUGGUUGAUUUUGUUGAUUUUUUUUUCUUUUGGGGGAGGAGGAAGGGUUUUGUCAAGAAAUUAGGUUAAAAAUUUGAUGUCGCCAGCUGCAGUUGAGAGGGCAAUGCCGGAAUCGGCAUGUUUGAAAUCGAGCGAUGAGAGUUAUCGACGUCGGUUUGAAAAUCUUAGAGGGGUACAGUGGCGCAUAGAUCUCGGAAUUCUGCCUUCUUCUUCUUCCUCUACAAUUGAUGAUCUUCGCAAAGUCACUGCCGAUUCUCGCAGGAGAUAUGCUGGUUUGAGAAGGCGCCUUCUGGUUGAUCCAAAUAUUUCAAAGGAUGGAAGUAAUUCUCCUGAUCUUGCUAUAGACAAUCCAUUAUCUCAAAACCCAGAUAGCACCUGGGGACGUUUCUUUCGGAAUGCUGAACUGGAGAAAACAGUUGACCAGGAUUUAUCACGAUUAUAUCCCGAACAUGGGAGCUAUUUCCAGACUCCUGGUUGUCAGGGAAUGUUAAGAAGGAUUUUGCUAUUAUGGUGCCUUAGACAUCCUGAGUGUGGAUAUAGACAAGGUAUGCAUGAACUUUUGGCUCCUUUAUUAUACGUUCUUCAUGUUGAUGUUGUGCGUCUCUCUGAAGUGCGAAAACAGUAUGAAGACCAUUUCACUGACAGAUUUGAUGGCUUAUCAUUCCACGAGAGCGAUCUUAUAUACAAUUUUGAUUUCAAGAAGUAUUUGGAUUCAAUGGAAGAUGAGAUUGGUUCUCACGGUAAUGCCACCAAGCUUAGGAGUCUUGAUGAACUUGAACCUCAGAUUCAAACAAUUGUUUUGCUAAGUGAUGCUUAUGGGGCUGAAGGUGAAUUGGGAAUUGUCUUGUCAGAUAAAUUUAUGGAACAUGAUGCUUACUGUAUGUUUGAUGCUUUGAUGAAUGGGACUCCUGGUGCAGUUGCCAUGACAGACUUUUUCUCUCUAUCCGCUGCAAGUGGUUCUCAUUCUGGGUUACCUCCUGUCAUUGAAGCUUCUGCUGCAUUAUACCAUUUGCUGUCUGUUGUUGAUUCAUCUUUACAUAGCCACCUUGUUGAACUUGGUGUUGAACCCCAGUAUUUUGCACUUCGCUGGUUGCGAGUUUUAUUUGGACGGGAAUUUAUACUUAAAAACCUCUUAUUAAUAUGGGAUGAAAUAUUUGCAGCUGAUAACAAUAAAUUAGACAAAGGUUCUGAAGAUGCUGCAAGUUCUAGUUUUGGUAUUUUUAGUUCACAACGGGGAGCAUUGAUCUCAGCUGUUGCAGUUUCUAUGAUACUUCAUCUGAGAUCUUCGUUGCUUGCUACUGAGAAUGCUACUACCUGUCUUCAGAGACUAUUGAAUUUUCCAGAGAAUAUAGAUCUGAGAAAACUUAUAGAUAAAGCUAAGUCUUUGCAGACUCUUGCAUUGGAGGCUAGUAUCUCAUCCUUUUCUCCUCCUUUUGGUGGGACUUAUAACCAUUCUAAAUCAAUGGUGGUUAGAGGUCAUACUCUUUCGUCCGAUUCUAUUUCUCCAAAAACACCUCUAACCAUGGUGCCUGACAGCUAUUGGGAAGAGAAGUGGAGAGUUUUGCACAAAGCAGAAGAACAAAAGCAUAGAACAGGAAAACAAAAUUCAACUCCAAAAAAAGGAUGGUCAGAAAAAGUAAGACUGACUCUAUCUAGAACAGCAUCUGACCCAUCUCCAGCAAAAGUUGGGAAUGGUAAAAGGGUCCAGAAGCCAUCUGUCAGGCGCCGUCUACUUGAAGAUUUAUCUCGUGAACUUGGCUUUGAUGAUGAUACUGAGAAAGCAGACUGUUCUGAAGUUUCAGACCAGAAUGACAAUAUCUGUGCGGAAGUUGAAGGUGAGGAUCGAGAUGGUGUUUGUAAGGACUUUACAGGUGAAGGAAGAUGCUCAAGUGGAAACACUGGCAGUGAGGAAAAUUCAUCUUUAUUCUCAGAUCCAUCUAGUCCCCUUAGUGGUGCUGACAAUCAUGAGCAUGACUCAGAGAAAAGCAGCAUUGCAUCAAAUUCUUCCAUUGAUGAAACAGAUGAUCAUCCUAAGACUUUCCAAGAAGAUGCAACUCUUCCUAUUUCCCAUCUCCCUGAUGAUGCCCCUCUAGAUUCAGGGAGCAACAAUGAGGCGACUGGAAAAUCUGUUGUAGGUACAAAGGAGCGAAAACUUCUUUCAGGUAAGUUCCAGUGGUUUUGGAAGUUUGGGCGGAGUACUGUUGAUGAGGAGACAUCUGAAGGAGGGCGCGGAGCAGUUGAGUCUACAAAUUCUGCCAGUGAUGCUGGUAGUCAGAGCAGUACAAUAUGCACUUCUGCUGAUGGAUCUAGCAAUUUGUAUACUAGUGGAAAAGGAGAUGUUUUGGAUCAGAAUGUCAUGGGUACACUGAGGAAUCUUGGCCAUUCAAUGCUUGAACAUAUUCAGGUAAUAGAGUCUGUUUUCCAGCAAGACAGGGUUCAGAUGGGGUCACUGGAGAAUUUCUCCAAAAAUGUUAUAGUUGGUAAAGGACAAGUUACAGCUGUAACAGCCCUUAAGGAGCUUCGCAAAAUCAGCAAUCUUUUAUCUGAAAUGUGAGUUGAGCUUAUAUACCUGUAUAUACUUUUUUGUUUGUGAUUAUUAGUAUUCUUUUAGUGCAAAUUAAAGUAAGUUUCUUAUCUCUCCUGUUCUUCUGGAGAGUCGUAAUAUUCAGCCAGAGAUACAUGUAAAUAUGAGUGUCGAUAGCUUAUUAUAACUGAAUCCCUUGUGAUGCCAUAAUUUGAGCGUUUCGCUCUGCUUUAGUGUAUUUGUAUUGAACUGAAGUAAUCAAUAUAAAUAAUUUUUGUUUUCUGUUA